UUUGCAAUACAUUUUGUGGUUUCUUCGGAAGAAGUCGCCUGUUAGCUAGCACGUUAUUUGUCAAUUGGUAAGUCGUGCAACAGCAUUGGUCAACUGCAUUCAGAAAUUAGCUAAAAAUAAACUUUUGUGCCUAUUUUAUUACCAACAUUUAUUUACAUACCAUGCCGCUAUAAAGGUAGCAGCUAUCGUUUCUUUAUUUGCAUGCAAUGUAAGUUAGCUAGCUAGCACAAUAAUGUGUUAAUUAAAGAAAUGUAGGCGAGCCUACAGCUUUAAUGUCUAACGACCAAGGUCAGGACCAUGUUCAGAGGUAAACUGGCUCUGGAAGCUAAAACAGCCAAAUACUCCCUCUAAACAUGAAUCGAUUCUCAAUUGCGAUAUGGUCUUAGAAACAUAAGAUCAUCUACUUUCAUAACACAUCAAAAUAAUUUCACAAAUGCAAAAUAGUCUAAUAAAAAGCAUGAGCUGGCGCACACCCAGAUAAAAUUAUUUAGUGUAGAGUUGCUGACUAACGGCGAAUAAUAUGUAAGCUAUAAAAACAGAGAGUCGCACACUCCAUGUAUAUAAACUCCCAGUAAUGUAUUGGGUAAACCACCAACGUUUCGGCAUCAUUGUGCCUUCUUUAGGGUAAUGUAAUGAAUGCUUGAACCAGGUUAUGUAGACAAAGAGUGCAAUUAGUGCAACCAAUGACAAUAGUGAGGGGUGUGUCAUAAUUAUUAGGUUGAUUAGAAUGUAUUGAUUGAAACUGUUAAAAGACAAUAGUUUACAGCAUAUUGAAUAUAUUAGGCUAUUGUUAUCAUUAGCAUUAGCAUAGGAUUAGCAUCAACAUACAUUGUUUAAUUUAAUUUCACAUAUAUAUUUAAUUGUUUCCAAUUUCAUUACAUUUUUGUUACAUGUAAUCUUUUGGUUCAACCAUAACGCACAAUAAGCAUCAUCAACAGGGGGAACAUAUUGGGUGUACGCAAAUAAACUGUAUAAAUAAUAUAUUCAUUUAUAAGACUUGUUCAUAGAAAAUAUGUUGUUUUUAUAGCUUACAAAUGCUAAAUAUACACUGUACUGUAAACUGUUUUAGUACAGUUGCAGCUGACAGUAUUUUCCCAUUACAACACUAUUCUGGUGUCCUUCCAUUACACACAGGUGUUCGAGACGCUAUAGCUAAUUAGAACAGGUGGUUGCCUCUGUCUUCUGGUAAACAAGCGUUGUAACAUGGACAUGUGGGAACCCUAACGCUAUACAGGUGUGUAGUAAUUCAACCAUUUGUUAUAUGAAACAACUUUAUGGAUUAUAUUAAAGUAAACUUCCAAUGGUUUCUAAAACCGCAUUGCAAGCAAGCAUUAUUAAAGUGUAGACAAAGCUUCAGGACUAUUGUAGACAAUCCCAUGCUGUUUUCAGUGCAUCAACUGAGAACCAAAGAGGAAGCCCUCUGGUGAACGAGGGCUAGCAGCUAGCUAGCGUAGUCUUGGGAAUUUGUCAGCACUGCAAUGGAAAUUUGAAAAGAGAAGCCUUUAACAGCCUUGCUUUUUAACAGGAUCAAUUCAGAACUAUUUAUAUUCUUGACAGCUCCAGCCCUAGUCAGAGCAGCGUUGUCGUUUCAUCUGUGAUAUGGUAGGUUUUCUAUGGGGUUAGCCUAUGUAACAUGAGGUUAUAACAUGUUUAUUGACAAUUAAAAACCAAUAACAGCUUAGAUCAAUGGUGUGGUAUCUUUGACAUAUAUUCCUGUAAACAUUUAAACAAGGUCAAUCAAUCAAAUGUAUUUUAUAAAGCCAUUUUUACAUCAGCAGUUGUGAAAAAGUGCUUUACAGAUACUCAUCCUAAAACCCCAAAGAGCAAGCAAUGCAGAGCCAGAAGCAAAGUGGCUAGAAAAAACUCCCUAGAAAGCAGGAACCUAUGAAGAAACCUAGAGAGGAACUUGGCUCCGAGGGCUUGCCAGUCCUCUUCUGGCUGUACCGGGACCGGUUUGAGUAUAUGUGGCCAGAUCGUUUUUCAAGAAGUUCAAACAAGCAGGACUGUAUGGACAGGAGAGAGAGCAUCUACAUUUCUCACAAUAUAGUCUCGACAGUAUUUAUCACUGAUAUGAUAGUUGGUUCUUAGAAACAGUUGUAGGGGGAGUACUAUACAUGUGUCUAACAUAAUCCUGCUUGGUGGAAGUGUCAACUUCAUCCUCCAGAAGGUUCCCUUCUGAUUGGUGAAUGGCUAGUUAGGGUGUGGUCAAAGGGCACAUAACUGCAUGCUAUUGCUUUGGGGCUCUUCUGUUGGUUGUUGCUUUUAGUUGGGACCUUGUGUCUUCAAUCCAGUUAGGUCAGGACUCAGGAGCAGUGUCCAUUAUCUAGCGUGCUGUUGGCUAGACUAAACUUUCCUCUGCAUGACUGCCUCAGUGUCCACUCUCCUAUUAGUUGAGUUGACUAAGAUACCCUUCAGUCCCUCAGGUUUAGCCUAAUUCUCCUGGCCUCUUACCCAUCAGAGGGACACUCAUCUCCUGCUCCUUCCCCAGAGAUGUCUCUCCAGGCUCCUCUCCUACCUGCGGUGGUGCUGUCUCUGGUUCUGGUUGUGUGGGUUCUGACAGGGCUGACCCAUGCCCAGCCCAAGGCUUCUGUCCUGGACUUCUCAGCCAGCCUGGGUAACCUCCUGCCCAGCCUCAGCCGACCAGCCAACUCCAGCCGGAUCUUCUAUGGGGUAAUGUUUGACGCUGGUAGCACUGGGACACGCAUCCACGUCUAUACCUUCAUACAGAAAGACCCUGGUGAGUUAUGCUAAAACUCUACUGGCGAGAGAGGGGUUGUUUAGAUGCUCCCCGAUGUGUUACUUUGUGCAAUGCUGUGGUAUUGAGAUGCCCAUUUAUUUCAAACAAAAUUGAAUUGGUAUAUUAUUAGAUGCUCAUCAAUAAACAUUAAACUAAAUGCACAUCUUCAUAAAACAUCAUUAAUGUUUGCAAAUUGUAAAUUAAAUACUUAUUGCUCCUAGUGGAUUUUGUCAUCUCAAUUGUAUGUGUUUUUCUGUUGACGGAUCAUUCAUGUGUACCUUUUGUCUGACAGAGGAGUUACCAGUGUUGGAUAAUGAGACGUUCCAUUCCAUCAAGCCUGGUCUGUCAGCAUACGCAGACAUGCCUGAAAUGGUGAGACAGCAGCAGUUGUAAUUGUCAAUGCAGCAAGUGGUAUUCAAAUAUUUCAAAAACACUUAAAAUGGCUUGAGUCCCUAAAAUGCACAUCAUAAUCAUAAUCUCAAUCUCCACUACCACAUUAUCUCCCCAGGGUGGGUAUACGGUGAAGCAGCUUCUGAAAGUGGCUAAGAAAACCGUCCCUCGGCUGGAAUGGAAGAGAACCCCGCUGGUCCUGAAAGCUACAGCAGGACUCAGGCUGCUGCCCCCAGAGAAAGCUCAGGCUCUGCUGGAACAGGUAGCAGUAGGAGCUAGGGCACUCAUAGAUCUGAUAGGGGGCUAGUGUGUAUAGAGUUAGGGGGCUGGGCCACUACUAAAUCAGGUAUGGCACUGUCAUAGGUGUUGACACUACAUUCACCCUUUCUGCUGUUAUCUCUCCGUCUUCCCACUCCACCCCCCAGGUGCAGGAUGUUUUUGAUGAAUCUCCCUUCUUCGUCCCAGACGACAGCGUCAGCAUAAUGAAUGGUACAAAUGAAGGUAACGUCUCGUCUACCCAUAACCCCUAGUCAACCUCCAGUCAAACCCAUUCAUCAGCACUCCUGUGGCAGGCUUCAGCAGUGCUCUCCUCUUGGUGGCAUCAGUCACUGUUCUCCUUCGACAGCUUGCUGUACACUUUCUUACCCCGAUCUGUUAUGAUGACGCUGUAGAAAAAGAGGGUUGUUGUUGUUAGAGUCUGUGUUGGUUACACCUCAGAAAGGUAUAAUUAUGUGGUGAAUGGAUUUAGUGGUUUACCAAACCUUGUGUGGUGUCAUUGUGUAACUGAUUUGUCAGCAUUUUGACCAUGUCUCAAAUGAUAGCCCUCUUACACAAACGAAUGUCAAACUAAUGCGUAUGCAUGUCAAACAAGUGAUGAGUUAACUGCACUAAACUGCACUGUCAGAUCAGUAUUAACCCCACUUGAAUUUAACUUUUUUGUUCUCGUAGGAAUCUUGGCGUGGGUUACUGUGAACUUUUUGACAGGUGAGACUUGUAACUUCUUGUCAUAGAACAUAUUGUAAUACAUUAUUGUCACUUUUCAUACAAUUUUGGUUAGGCUAUUCUAUUAACAGGUUGUAGGGUCAGCUAUAUAAUGGAAACACUUGAGUAAAAGUGUACAAAGUACGUAUAUUGAAAGCAGGUGCUUCCACACAGGUGUGGUUCCUGAGUUAAUUAAGCAAUUAUUAUCCAAUCAUGCUUAGGGAAAUGUAUAAAGAUUCUGGGCAUGCCAUUAUUUUGGCUACUAUGUCUAUGCCCCCAUAGGAUGACAAUGCCCCCAUCCACAGGGCACGAGUGGUCACUGAAUGGUUUGAUGAGCAGGAAAACGAUGUAAACAAUAUGCCAUGGCCGUCUCAGUCACCUGAUCUCAACCCAAUUGAACACUUAUGGGAGAUUCUGGAGCGGCGCCUGAGACAGCGUUUUCCACCACCAACAAAACACUAAUUAAUGGAAUUUCUCGUGGAAGAAUGGUGUCGCAUCCCUCCAAUAGAGUUCCAGACACUUGUAGAAUCUAUGACAAGGUGCAUUGAAGCUGUUCUGGUUGCUCGUGGUGGCCCAACGCCCUAUUAAGACACUUUAUGUUGGUGUUUCCUUUAUUUUGGCAGUUACUUGUAUAUACACAUACCUCAGAGACAGCUGAAAUGUCAAUAAUAUUUCUCAUAAGCCCUGGCUCACCAGAAUAUAACCUCAAUUUAUACAGCCAGAGUCGAUACUGAGGAGAUUUUUAUUCCUCAAAGGGACUCUGAUCUUUAUCAGAUCUCCACAGCGUGUUUAACACCUCUAGAUACAGAUCCUGAACUGUACCAAAUCAGCCUUUUGAAGAUAACAUCUGAAGUGUGUAACUGAUUUCUAUCUCACCGCUUUCAGAGGGAAAUUGUCAAUAAAGUUGGUUCAAAUGUGAAGCAUGUUUUUUAGGUCACCUGUAUGCUGAGACCAGGAAGACAGUGGGGAUUCUGGAUCUGGGGGGAGGAUCGACUCAAAUCACUUUUCUCCCUAAAUCUAAGGUUAGUGUCCAUUUGUACAAGUUGAUUCAUUUUCAAUAAUGUGUUUCUAUAUUAUGUUGAUACAGUUUUUAUUGGAAUGGUAAUACAAUUUAUUCACGUGUUUCUUUUUCCUGUGCAGAAAACCAUUGAAAGUUCUCCUGCUGACUACAUUACCAGAUUUGACAUGUUCAACUCGACAUAUGAACUCUACACUCACAGGUAAACAAUCUACAGUCGUGGUCAAAAGUUUUGAGAAUGACACAAGUAUUGGUCUGCUUCAGUGUUAUGAGAUAUUUUUGUCAGAUGUUACUAUGGUAUACUGAAGUAUAAUUACAAGCAUUCCAUAAGUGUCAAAGGCUUUUAUUGACAAUUACAUUAAGUUUAUGCAAAGAGUCAAUAUUUGCAGGGUUGACCCUUCUUUUUCAAGACCUCUGCAAUCCACCCUGGCAUGCUGUCAAUUAACUUCUGGGCCACAUCCUAACUGAUGGCAGCCCAUUCUUACAUAAUCAAUGCUUGGAGUUUGUCAGGAUUUGUGGGUUUUUGUUUGUCCACCUGCCUCUUGAGGAUCGACCACAAGUUCUCAAUGGGAUUAAGGUCUGGUGAGUUUCCUGGACAUGGACCCAAAAUGUCGAUGUUUUGUACCCCGAGCCACUUAGUUAUCACUUUUGCCUUAUGGCAAGGUGCUCCAUCAUGCUGGAAAAGGCAUUGGUCGUCACCAAACUGUUCUUGGAUGGUUGGGAGAAGUUGCUCUCGGAGGAUGUGUUGGUACCAUUCUUUAUUCAUGGCUGUGUUCUUAGGCAGAAUUGUGAGUGAGCCCACUCCCUUGGCUGAGAAGCAACCCCACACAUGAAUGGUCUCAGGAUGCUUUACUGUUGGCAUGACACAGGACUGAUGGUAGCGCUCACCUUGUCUUCUCCUGAUAAGGUGUUUUCCGGAUGCCCCAAACAAUCGGAAAGGGGAUUCAUCAGAGAAAAUGACUUUACCCCAGUCCUCAGCAGUCCAAUUCCUGUACCUUUUGCAGAAUAUCAGUCUGUCCCUGAUGUUUUUCCUGGAGAGAAGUAGCUUCUUUGCUGCCCUUCUUGACACCAGGCCAUCCUCCAAAAGUCUUCGCCUCACUGUGCGUGCAGAUGCACUCACACCUGCCUGCUGCCAUUCCUGAGCAAGCUCUGCACUGGUGGAGCCCCGAUCCCGCAGCUGAAUCAACUUUAGGAGACGGUCCUGGCGCUUGCUGGACUUUAUUGGGCGCCCUGACGCCUUCUUCACAACAAUUGAACCUCUCUCCUUGAAGUUCUUGAUGAUCCGAUAAAUGGUUGAUUUAGGUGCAAUCUUACUAGCAGCAAUAUCCUUGCCUGUGAAGCCCGUUUUGUGCAAAUCAAUGAUGACGGCACGUGUUUCCUUGCAGUUAACCAUGGUUAACAGAGGAAGAACAAUGAUUUCAAGCACCACCCUCCUUUUAAAGCUUCCAGUCUGUUAUUCUAACUCAAUCAGCAUGACAGAGCGGUGGGUUCGUUUCCCACAGGGGGCCAGUAUAAAAAAUGCAUGCACUCACUAACUGUAAGUCGCUCUGGAUAAGAGCGUCUGCUAAAUGACUAAAAUGUAAAUCUCCAGCCUUGUCCUCGUCAACACUCUCACUUGUGUUAACGAGAGAAUCACUGACGUGAUGGCAGCUGGUCCUUUUGUGGCAGGGCUGAAAUGCAGUGGAAAUCUUUUUGGGGGAUUAAGUUCAUUUUCAUGUCAAAGAGGGACUUUACAAUUAAUUGCAAUUCAUCUGAUCACUCUUCAUGACAUUCUGGAGUAUAUGCAAAUUGCCAUCAUCAAAACUGAGGCAGCAGACUUUGUGAAAAUUAAUAUUGUGUCAUUCUCAAAACUUUUGACCACGACUGAUCCACUGAUGCAGCAAGUACAAACAGUAAUAGGUCUUCAUCGCAAGUCCAUAAUAGGUAUUUGUAAAACUGCUAUCCAAGUAAGAUUAAUUGAUUGAUUUGAUUGACAGCUACCUCGGUAAUGGAUUGAUGGCAGCUAGACUGGCAGCCCUAGGAGCACUGGGGGCAGAAGGUACAUGGAUUACAUAUUUUACAUAUCAUCCUCAGCAUGUUAUCUCCAUUUAGACAAUAUAGGUUUUAGAACAUGUAUCAACUGUUUACUUUGCCAUGUUAUUCAUAGACCCCCAUACAUUAUUUUGUUACUUUACACUCCAGGGUUGGAGUGGAGAGUGUUCAAAAGCUCCUGCCUGCCUAAGAAGUUCAGAGAGGAGUGGAGCUUUGGAGGACUCACCUACACCGUCAGUGGGAUACCUGAUGGUGAGUCAGCCAACUCAUUAUAUCUGCUAGAAGUACUGUCAAAUAUGUACUGUAGUAGAUCAACCUUGGAACAGUUCUUUGGGUGGUAACACAAAACGUAACAUGCCGAGGUACCUCUCAAGGUGUCCUCUAUGCAGGGUGGUAGGGUUUACCUGAGUUUGCUCAUCGGGGGAUUAGGCCUGGGUUGCUGUUGAGCAGUUUGUCACAAAUGUGUGUGAAAAGUGCUAUACAAAUGCAUUUCAUUGAUUGAUUAAAAACUUGAGGUCAUAAAAGUAUCCUGUUUCUGUCCCUGUCCCAGGUUAUGCGGGAUACAAGCUGUGUUACCAGGAGGUGUUGAAGGUGGUAAAGGGAAUGGUUCACCAGCCCUAUGAGUUGAAAGACACCAGUGUGUUCUACGCUUUCUCCUACUACUUUGACCGAGCAGUGGAUGCAGGUCUUAUCGGUGAGAGGAAACACACACACUAGGACUUACACACACUACUUCAACCCAGCAGGGGACUCUUCAGUGAGAGGACACUCACACACACAACCCAGUUAGUAUAAUUACUCACUGCUAGAAUUCCCCUCCUCCCUCUCGACAGGGAAAAAUUACUCAUUGCUGAGGUGACUGACUCCAGUGUUUCCCCUAGGCUUUCUUUCAGCAGCGGUGGCAAAGUUAGCAGGGUGUGGGGGUAAUGGUCGUGGCCAAUGCGUGGUUUUAGAGCUAAUUUCCUGCAAUUCUACACAUUUUGCCAUUAGGCAGAGAGUACAUUUUACAGUUUUAAAGCUAGUUUCCUGCAAUUCUACACAUUUUGUCAUGGGGCUGAGAGAAAAGUUACAGUUUCAAAGCAAAUCUCCAGCAAGUCUACUAAUUUUGCCAUUGGGCGGAGAGUACAUUUUACAGUUUUAAAGCUAGUUUCCUGCAAUUGCAUUUUGAAAAGUGAUCUUAUUUAAAAAUAUAUUGCUCCAUUAUAUUUUCUACAUACUUUAUAUCUGGUUUCAGUCGUUGAAGUUUACACUGAAAACAUUUGACCAUCCCUAAAUAUAUAUUUUUUGCAUUGGCGGCAACGAUUUUGCAGCGGCGCGACGCUGCUAAAUGCAUAUAGGGGAAACACUGGACUCAGUGGUGAGUUAUCACAGUGGUGUCCAUGGUCGUCGACUCAUCAGUGAGUGAGAUGAAAGGUUGCAGGCCCAAUUGUUAGUAUGAUGGAGAUGUACUGUGUAACCCUGCUGUCAUUAUGAAUGAUACAGUGUGAUGACAGUGCUUCUUUCUGAUGGAAAGGUUAACGACCUCCAUCGCUCCUCUCUUUCAGACGGGACCCAAGGAGGAAUGCUGGAGGUCAGGGACUUCAAGAAGAGAGCUAAAGAGGGUGAGACCCAGAUAAGCCUGAGUAGUGGGAAACUUGCUUCUCUGCAGUGUGCAUGGCAAUGCAUUAUACCCAUAUCAGACUUACUGCGCUGUGUACUGGAGAAGUCUCAUUGGCUAAAACUGCCUUUUUCUCCUCUUUCCCCUUUACUGCACUGAUCUGGAAACUGAUUUCUGUUUCUUAUUCCAGUGUGUAACAAGAUGUCUAAGUACCGUCCGGUCAGCCCCUUCCUGUGUAUGGACAUGACCUACAUCACCUGUCUGCUCAAAGACGGCUUCGGCUUCAAGGAGAACACUGUACUGCAGGUGAGACUGAAGCCAUAAUACACAAUAGUCCUUUCUGGCAAGUCAGUAAAGCAAAACCACACUUUUUAAAGCUAGCAACAAAGAAAUUGAGACAGGAGCAGUUAGACGUUUUAAUUUAUUUAAAUAAAUACAAAAAGUCAGGUUGAGUGAUUUGGUGUGUGUUUUGUCUCCCUUCCCUAGCUGACUAAGAAAGUCAACAAUGUGGAGACAAGUUGGGCUUUAGGUGCCACAUUCAACCACUUCCAGAACCUAAAGAUCCACUGAGAGACAAGGAGCCACAAGUCUGGGUGGGCAGGAGGGGAAAACCCACUGGAUUAGAUAGUGUUAAUAAAUAAAUGGACUGAGGAAUCCUUGUUGUUUUAAACGUAACAGCCUUUAUUCCUGCCUUGCUGUGUAUUGUAAUGUCUUGCAUCUUUGACUUACUAUUCCACUAUCAAGAUUUGACAUUUCUGAGAUAACAUUACAAUUGUUACAACUAUUUUGUUACCCAACACCUAAAUGGCUGGUACCAUAGUUCAGUAGAUCUGUUGUUCUCAUGUGACUGGCUGCUAUAGCACAGUGGUCUUAUAUAAUAUACAUCUCUAUUAAAGCACUGGGGGCGGCUGCUGACUGAAACUCAACUGACUUGUGUUACUGUAUAAAGAUGGAUAUUUUGACCAUCUGUUUAAUACCACUUGGGU